AUCAAUCUAGAGAGAGAAAAAGACAGAACGGGGCUGUGAGUAUAUCCAAGUAGCCACUCGAUUGUCCCGAGAGCAGGUAAACUUCCCGGUACGUUCCACACCAACUCCGCCGUCCCGACCGGUUCAUCCGGUUGCCCGGCCCGGACACCGGAUCUAACCGGUCGAGUUUCAGGCAAGCUCCGCACCUAUAAAUACGGCCUCAGGUGAGGCGUUAGGCUUUUUCUGAUUCUCAGCGAGAAUUUCUUACGAAGAAGGGGUUUUGAUUUUUAGAUCAAGCUUCUGGCGUCCUUCUUCUUACAGAAGCUUUUAGACCUUUGAUCAGGGGAUCUUAUUUUGAAAUAGAAGAACCAUGUCUGCGCUAGCUAUUGAUGUCUCUCAAGAGACAAGCAUGAGGAAUCUUGAUCCCCUGUGCACUGUAGCUGAAAUCGAGGAGUGCGACUUCUCAAAGUUUCCCGAUAAGCCAAGGGCUUUAAACAUAGAACGGCAAAGAUCAUUUGAUGAGAGGUCAAUCAGUGAGCUUUCAACUGGGCAUAUGGAUAGUUUUCGGAUACCAGAUGGCUUCGAAAACAUUUAUUCUCCAGGGAGAAGGUCGGUUUUGAAUAGCCCUCGCUUUAGUCAUCAAUCCUUUGAGCCCCAUCCUCUGGUUGCAGAGGCUUGGGAAGCUCUUCGAAGAUCUCAGGUGUACUUUAGGGGACAACCAGUGGGCACUAUUGCUGCAUUGGAUCAUACAGAGGAUGCUCUAAAUUAUAAUCAGGUCUUUGUCAGGGAUUUUGUCCCUAGUGCGUUGGCCUUCCUGAUGAAUGGGGAACCAGAGAUUGUUAAACAUUUCAUUUUGAAAACUCUUCGUCUUCAGUCAUGGGAGAAAAAAAUCGACCGAUUCAAGCUUGGUGAGGGAGUAAUGCCAGCAAGUUUCAAAGUCCACCAUGAUCCUGCUCGAAAUAGUGAUACCCUGAUUGCAGAUUUCGGGGAGAGUGCAAUUGGUAGAGUUGCCCCUGUUGAUUCCGGAUUUUGGUGGAUUAUUUUGCUUCGUGCUUAUACAAAGUCGACUGGUGAUUCAUCCUUAGCGGAGAUGCCUGAAAUUCAAAAGGGCAUAAGGCUUAUUUUAACAUUAUGCCUCUCUGAGGGCUUUGAUACAUUUCCCACUUUGCUUUGUGCUGAUGGUUGUUGUAUGGUUGAUCGCAGAAUGGGUGUUUAUGGAUAUCCCAUUGAAAUACAAGCACUUUUCUUCAUGGCUCUUAGGUGCUCCCUACUUUUGCUCAAAAAUGAUGAUGAGGGGAAAGAAUGUGCUGAGCGCGUCACUAAACGAUUGCAUGCAUUAAGUUAUCACAUCCGAAGUUAUUUCUGGCUAGAUUUUCAGCAACUUAAUGAUAUUUAUCGAUACAAGACAGAAGAAUACUCUCACACCGCAGUUAAUAAGUUUAACGUUAUUCCUGACUCGCUUCCUGAUUGGGUAUUUGAAUUUAUGCCAUGUCGUGGAGGAUAUUUUGUUGGAAAUGUUAGCCCUGCAAAGAUGGAUGUUCGUUGGUUUUGUCUUGGUAACUGUGUUGCUAUUUUAUCAUCUUUAGCUACCCCUGAGCAAGCUUCAGCCAUAAUGGAUCUUAUUGAAGCACGUUGGGAAGAGUUGGUAGGAGAAAUGCCUCUAAAGAUCUGUUAUCCAGCUUUAGAAGGUCAUGAUUGGCGAAUUGUGACAGGUUGUGACCCAAAAAAUACCAGAUGGAGCUACCACAAUGGAGGAUCUUGGCCAGUUCUGCUCUGGCUUCUCACUGCUGCAUGUAUCAAGACUGGACGUCCCCAAAUUGCAAGGCGUGCCAUUGAGCUUGCAGAAACCCGUUUGUUAAAAGAUAGCUGGCCCGAAUACUACGAUGGAAAACUCGGUAGAUAUGUCGGGAAACAGGCCCGAAAGUUCCAAACCUGGUCCAUUGCUGGUUACUUAGUAGCGAAAAUGAUGCUCGAAGAUCCGUCGCAUUUGGGUAUGAUAUCACUAGAAGAGGAUAAGCAGCCGAAGCCUGUUCUCAAGAGAUCAGCAUCAUGGAAUUAGCAAGAAUCCUUCUGUCUCAACCGUUUUCAUAUAAAAUAUAUAUUCUUUUGGUCUGAAGUUUAGGGUCAGAGGGAAUGAAAUUGUUGUUUAGGACUCUCGAGGCCUUAGAGAAGGGCAGCAAUGGUUUUGUAAUCCCUUAUCAGGCUCAAUUUGAAAACCACUUAAUAUUUAGAGCUAGUUUGGUCCAAAAUUGAAAUAUUCUUAUGGUCCGAAAAAUUCGGAAAAUUGUGCUCGAGUGUGUUCAAAUGCAAAGAAAUAAAAAAAAAGAGGGAAGACUUGGAAGUA